CAAUUAUCUCAAACAACAUGAAGUCCCUUUGUCUUUUACUUUUAGUCUAUGUUACCUUUAUUGUCGCUCAAGUAAAGGCAGGUUACAUCAGCAUGAAAACUUACAGUCGUGGAACAUCCUGUGGACGUAACGUUUGCCCUAUACCUUACUGUAAGGUUAGUGUCCGUGAUGUUGAUGGAUGUAGCGGAAAUGUUGAAUGGGCUAGUGACUGUCGCUUGAUCCGUUUUGGUUCCGGUUACAGCAAUAAGAUUAACAGCAACUGUCGCAUCAACAUUAAUAAAAACAGUCAUAUCAUUGGUGUUUAUACUCCUGGAAAGGUUGCCUAUGCCGAAAUCAAGAGCUGCACAUAUGCCAAAAUAUCUAGUGGUGUUGUUGUCGACGGUGGCUGUGAUGUAGGCUCCAUUUAUCAUUAAAUUGUGCAGAUAAAUAGCUGUUAAUAAAUAAGAAGCCUGGAUUAGCUGAUACAGGCUUCAGUUUUACACAUAA